AUGCUAAUUAACUCCUCUAGUUUUGCUUCAGACAUCAUCAACGAUCAAAACACAUGGCUGGCGAUAAAAGUUCUCAUGUUAGGCAUCACUCCAACCAUUUCCAUCUUUGGUGUUGUGGGGAAUAUUUUGAGCAUCAUUGUCUUGACCAAACAUGGAAUGUCCAAAUGUUCAAACAUUCUAUUGGUCAGUUUAGCUUUCUGUGAUAUGACUUACUUGAUAUCCUUCAACAGUAUACCAAAGAUUAUCUACGAGGCCGUGUGGAACCAUGAAUACGUGGGUUACUCAAAGGUCAGCAGUGAUGUCUUGUUUUUCAUGUUUAAUUUCUUCACUUUGCUGGAUUACGGUUUUGGUCUCAUGGCACUGACCUUGCCAAUGCUCAUAACCGCUGAAAGACUUUUGGUGAUCUUCUUUCCUUUCAAUUUUGGUCGAUUACUGACGCCAAAAAGAACCUGGUUUGCCGUUUGUUGCUUGGCCGCCUAUUGGCUCUCCAUAUUCGUCUACUGCAGCUUCUGGCAAGUCUUAGACUAUAACUUCGACCCCGUAAGAAACAUAUCGAUAGGACUUAUUAAGAGGUCUAAUUUCUUCAAUGAGCACCCAGAAGCCGUAGCAAAGAUACAAGACGUAAUCAUAUACUCCAGCGUGGUAAUCCCGCCUAUUUUCACAGCCACCGGAUGUGUUUUCAUUUCUAUUCAGAUUCGAAUCGCCACCGUAAAACGCCAGAAAAUGACGUCAUCGAUGCGUUCGACGAACAGGACGACAAAAACCCUGCUGGCAGUUUGCGCCGUCUACUCUGUCACCUCCACAAUUCUGUCACUGCCACUGUACAUCCCCUCGGAGUAUGCCUCGUACUCUCUGACGGAUGAAGCGCCCUCGAAUGUUGGGAAACUGUUCUACCAGCUGGUCAACACUGUGGGGUGUAUCAACAGUUCCGGCAACUUUGUUGUCUAUGUAGGCUUAAACAAACAGUUCAGAGACACACUCGGAAAAAUGUUUCACUGUUGUUGCUAG